AGAACAAUUCUUCUCUCUCUCACUCUCUCUCUCUCUCCCCUUCAUCAAGCUGCAUAGAGCUGAUCGGCGAAAAUGGCCAAGUGUCACCGGAACAAUGUAGAUCCUCUCAUCCUUCACCGCAUUCCCUCCGCUUCUUCUUCCUCCACCUCCUUGAACUCCUUCUCCAGAUCGACAUUCCGCAGAUUGAUCCUGGACGCCAUCAGCUGCGGCGGUAGCUCACGUCAUCAGCGAGAACUCCAACAAGACGAAGAUAAAACGACGAUCGGAGGGGAUGAUUUAGCGACGAAAUCAGAGAAGCUAUGCGAUCUGCUAAACUUAACGAAGAUGGAGACGAAGAAAGAGGAAACGCUGGAGAUUCUGAAACGCGUGGCUAAGGAUUUACAAGCGGAAGAGACGGAGAGAGAGAAGAAAGUAAUGGCAGCUAGUGAGGUUAGGCUGUUAGCGAAGGAUGACGCGGAGGCGAGAGUGACGCUCGCCAUGCUCGGUGCGAUCCCUCCGCUCGUUAGCAUGAUCGACGAUUCGCAAAACGAAGAUGAUCUGAUUGCUUCUCUCUAUGCUCUUCUCAAUCUCGCAAUCGGCAAUGAUGCGAACAAAGAAGCCAUUGUUAGAGGAGGAGCCGUUCACAAAAUGCUAAAGCUUAUCGAAUCGUCAAAGCCUCCUCCUAACCAAGCAAUCUCCGAGGCCAUCGUCGCGAACUUUCUUGGUUUAAGCGCGUUAGAUUCGAACAAACCGAUCAUCGGUUCCUCUGGAGCGAUCAUCUUCCUAGCGAGAGCCCUGAAAACUAGUAGCUCGCAAGCUAGAGAAGACGCUCUUCGCGCUCUUUACAACCUCUCGAUCCACCACCAAAACGUCUCGUUCAUCCUCGAAACCGACCUCGUCCCUUUCCUCUUGAACGCGUUGGGAGACAUGGAAGUCAGCGAGAGGAUCCUCUCGGUCUUGACCAACGUGGUAUCAGUGUCGGAAGGAAGAAAAGCGGUCGGAGAAGCGGUCGAAGCGUUUCCUAUACUGGUCGACGUGUUGAACUGGAACGAUUCGGAGAAGUGUCAAGAGAAAGCGGUUUACAUUCUCAUGUUGAUGGCUCACAAGGGGUAUGGAGGCCGGAGGGCUAUGAUCGAAGCGGGUAUUGAAUCUUCGUUGCUUGAGCUGACGCUUGUGGGAAGCCCAUUGGUGCAAAGGCGAGCUUCGAGGAUACUAGAGUCCUUGAGAGCGGUCGACAAAGGGAAGCAAGUGUCGGCUCCGAUCUAUGGGAUAACAUGUUCUUCUUCUUCAUCUUCGUUGAGCAGAGAGAGGAAUCGUGAGAUUAGGAUGAGUGAUGAGAGGAGGGCAGUGCAGCAGUUAGUGCAACAGAGUUUACAGAGCAACAUGAAGAGGAUUGUGAAGAGAGCUAAUUUUCCACAAGACUUUGUUACUACUUCACAGCAUUUUACAAAGAGCUUAACUUUCUAAACUUUGUAAAAGACAUAUGCACCGACAAACUCGUGGUUGUGGAGAAAGUGGAAAAUACAAAGGGCCGUCGUCGCAUUCGCAUUCACAAUUUCAUAGAAACAAGAAGGAAGCCACGCGACGUAUGUCACAAGUCACAGACUCGCAAUUAGUUACAUUUUGUUUAUUUUGUGGUUGUUCAAAACCUAGUUGGAACUAUUCAGAAGAGAUUCUUUUUCCAAACAAGUUUCCAAUCCAAGUUUGGUAUGAGAGCUAUAGUUUGAAAUUUUCCUUACAUUGUAUAUUAGAUCAGAUAUAAUUUCUCAGCGCAUAUAUGCGCACAUUUCUUUUCAAUUUGUGG